GCCGGCCGGGGCUGCCCCCGCCAGGCAGCUGCUCCUGGAAAGGUCACGCAGCUGCUCGGGCUGCACACAGAGCGAGGUGACGCCCUCCCAGCCGCCCGCCGCAGCUCUGCCACAGGCUCCGGGGAGCGUGCGCUGGCGGGAGGGAGCCCCUGGGAGCCGAGGAGAGUGCCAGGCCCCCAGCGAGAAGGAGAAACUGAGGCACAAAGAGAUUUAUCUGACUCAACCAAGCUCACAGAGCAAGUCAGGGAUCAAACCCAGGUGUCUGGGUUACCAGCCCCACCCCCUGCCUGCGAGACGAGGCUGCCUCCCCGGAUCAGUCCACUUGAAUUGUUUAACCUGCCGGGACCCAAGCUCAGCUGGGUUCUACAGUUGGUGACAUCGUUAACGCCCGAUACUUGGGAGACAGCCCAGCCGGCCUCGGGCUCAGGCAGAGCCCGGGCGGAUCUGGCCAGGAUGGCGGAGAACGGGCUGCGGGACAAGGUGCUGAGCCUGGACUCCAUGAACCCGUGGGUGAAGCGGGUGGAGUACGCGGUGCGGGGCCCCAUCCUGGCCCGCGCGGUGGAGCUGGAGGAGAAGCUGAGGCAGGGUGAGAAGAAGCCUUUCACAGAGGUGAUUAAAGCCAACAUUGGCGAUGCCCAUGCCAUGGGCCAGCGCCCCAUCACCUUCCUGCGCCAGGUCAGCGCCUUGUGCCUGUACCCCGAGCUGCUGAGCAAACCCCUCUUCCCUGACGAUGCCAAGCAGAGGGCACGCAGACUGCUCGCAGCAUGCGGAGGGCAGAGCAUCGGUGCCUACACUGCCAGCCCUGGCAUCGAGAUCAUCCGCCAGGACGUGGCACGGUACAUCGAGAGGCGGGACGGGGGCAUCCCCGCCAACCCGGACAACAUCUUCCUGUCGACCGGUGCCAGUGAUGCCGUCAUGACCAUGCUGAAGCUGCUGGUGUCGGGGGAGGGCCGGUCGCGGACGGGCGUGAUGAUCCCCAUCCCCCAGUACCCGCUGUACUCAGCUGGCAUCGCCGAGCUCAACGCCGUGCAGAUCAACUACUAUCUGGAUGAGGAGCACUGCUGGGCGCUGGACGUCGGGGAGCUGCGGCGGGCCCUGAGCCAGGCCCGCGAUCACUGCCAGCCCCGGGUGCUGUGCAUCAUCAACCCUGGGAACCCCACGGGCCAGGUCCAGAGCCGGAAAUGCAUUGAGGAUGUCAUCAAAUUUGCGUGGGAGGAGCAGCUCUUCCUGAUGGCCGACGAGGUCUAUCAGGACAACGUCUAUGCCGAGGGCUCCGAGUUCCACUCCUUCAAGAAGGUCCUUUUCGAGCUGGGCCCCACGUACUCGAGUGUGGUGGAGCUGGCCUCCUUCCACUCCAUCUCCAAGGGCUUCAUGGGAGAGUGCGGGUUCCGCAGCGGGUACAUGGAGGUGGUGAACCUGGAUCCGGCUGUGCAGCAGCAGCUCUCCAAGCUGGUGUCGGUGCGGCUGUGCCCGCCCGUGCCCGGCCAGGUGCUGCUGGACGUUGUCAUGAACCCACCGAAGCCUGGCGAGCCCUCGUACCAGAGCUUCAUCCAGGAGAAGCAGGCAGUGCUGAGCGACCUGGCCCACAAAGCGCAGCUGACCCAGGAGAUCUUCAGCCAGGUGCCCGGGAUCCGCUGUAACCCCGUGCAGGGCGCCAUGUACUCCUUCCCCAGGAUCCAGAUCCCAGCCAGGGCGGUUCAGGAGGCCCAGGCCCGGGGCUUUGCCCCAGACAUGUUCUUCUGCCUCCAGCUGCUGGAGGAGACGGGCAUCUGCGUGGUGCCAGGGAGCGGCUUUGGGCAGCGAGAGGGCACCUAUCACUUCAGAAUGACCAUCCUGCCGCCUGCGGAGAAGCUCCAGAUCCUGCUGAAGAAACUCAGCCAGUUCUAUGCCAAGUUCACCCGGGAAUAUUCCUAAGGUGCUGCCCGGGGCAACCGCCCGCUCUGCCCUGCCUGUCCAUCCAGCGCCCGCCGGGGGCUGGGGCAGCUUCUCCCUCUGGCCGUGGGACUGGCCCUCCCCGCCCCCGUGGCCCAGCUGGCUGAAUUCCACUAGCCCCGUGCAGCCUGCUGGGCACUGCUGGAUGCGGUGCCCUGGCAUCUGGGCAGGCCCUGGCAUCGCCAGUCAGUGGGACCUGCGGCUGGGCUCCGGCAGCACCCUCUGUGGUGCACCCCUAUGCUCCCUCUCACGCACGUCCCCUGGCCAGGCUGUAUCAACAGCACUGCUCCUGCCCCCUGGUCGGUGCCAAGCCCCAGGUGCCCACCAGCUCCUCCCCACCCACAUAGUGCCUUGAGCCAUCUCGUCCUGAAGUGCCUUGUUCCCCCACCUCCUCUGCUGGCCCCCGUGCCCGGCGAGGGGGCAGCCCCGUGGCUCUGUCUGCCCCACAGGCCAGGCCAGCAGGGCUCCCUGCGCCACUCCCCUCCCCGGGCUACAGUGGGUCAGACAGAGCCACCCAGGGACCCAGGCUGGGCACACGGUGCCUGCCCAGGUGGAGAGCUGCCUGCCGGGGGCAUGGACAGCUGCAGCCCACGGAGGGACGUGCCCAGCCCAGGAGGGUCUAAGUGUCCCUGUUUGAGCCUGCGGGGCUUUGCUCACCCCCGCCCAGCUCGUCCCCAGGGCCUCCCUGCGCCCGGGUCCUGGGCAGAGACGCGGCCGGGGGCUGCGCGAGGGCCUGGCCUGGAGCCCCCAGAGCAGCAAUAAACAGUUAAUGACUGAACAA